ACAACUGCUUGUCACUUUUUUUUUGGUGAGUCGAUCAUCUGGCGCGCUGCAUCGCGAAUUUCAUCAUCUUUCGCGACUCGACGAGCGGAAGGGAAAACGUGGACAGAAGUUUCUCCCUCCAGAGAUUAUUCAUAGGUGAACAUUAUUUGUCGGCGUCCAACGAAACGUGUAAAACAUCAGGAUGAGCAGUAAAGUUCCAUCGUUCGACGAGACUCACUCGGAUAAACUCGCCCGCAAAGCCCGGGAAUCGCCUUUCAUGCCGAUCGGAAUUGCCGGGCUGGUCGCGGUAUGUGCCAUCGGUGCAUAUAAAUACAAAAAUCGAGGAGGGAUGUCCACGUCCGUCUUCCUAAUGCAGUUGCGAGUAGCCGCACAAGGUACGGUAGUUGCCGCUUUGUCCAUCGGUCUUGGCUAUACGAUGGCAAACGAAUAUAUCUUUAACAAGAAAGAUGACUAAUUAGGAGGCUAUUAGGAUACUCAAAGAAGUGUAAAUAAGUAUUAAUGGAUAGAGCAAGACACUAUUUAUUCUCCGUUGAGUCCCUCGGUCAAAUCAACCUCCCUACUUUCCACCCACUCACUACAAAAAAACCCCCGUAACGACGCUAAUGUUUCUAGUGCCAGGCACAAGAGAAAACUGUGAUUGAUAAGAUGUUAUCGCGAUGACAAACGACGCAUAUAUGGAUAUUGUGUGAGUGCAAAAGAUCCGUAUUGCUUGCACUUGGAUGCACCGGAUUGGUAUAUCUCAUUUAGUGUACUGUAUGGCUUUCCAUCGGUUUUAUGUUUUCCUAAAACGAUGGAUUGCCUUCAUCUCUCAACGAUUCGGACUAGAUUGAACAGAAAAAAAUGUAAAAAAAACACAUUCACAAACAAAUUUAUAGAUGUGAACUGAUUGAAAAUGCAUAUUAGUUAAAUUGAAAGCUGUUUAACAUAUAGAACAAUAUAACCGUCUAUUUUACCAAGUGCGCAAAA